AUGGACGCCGAUAAUCCGGGCGCGCCGGCCUCCCCCGAGGACCGCCGCAACCAGCAGGUCGACAAUGCUAUUCGAGCCAUUCGCGAAAAGAAACCUGUGCCUGAAGUCGACUUCACCAUUCAUACCAUGGAAGAUGGGACCCAAGUGAGCACACUUGAUCGUGUGAGCAAAGAUGUCCAAGCACCUGCAACCUCCAAGCCUACCGACCAGCAGUUCUUCCAAGACGAGACGCAGUCGAAACCGGAUAUCAACUUUCUUAAGCAGCAUUUCUACCGCGAGGGUCGUUUGACCGAGGAGCAGGCACUAUGGAUUCUCAAGAAAGGUACCGAAAUUCUUCACGCGGAACCCAACCUCCUCGAGAUGGACGCCCCCAUCACCGUCUGCGGCGAUGUCCACGGUCAAUACUACGAUCUCAUGAAGCUUUUCGAAGUCGGCGGCGACCCUUCCGAAACACGCUACCUGUUCCUCGGUGACUAUGUCGACAGAGGUUACUUCAGCAUCGAAUGCGUCCUCUACCUCUGGUCUCUGAAGAUUCACUAUCCAAACUCCCUGUGGCUUCUCCGUGGAAACCACGAGUGCCGUCAUUUGACCGACUAUUUCACCUUCAAGCUCGAAUGCAAGCACAAGUACUCGGAGGCCGUAUAUGAGGCCUGCAUCGAGUCCUUCUGUUCCCUGCCCCUGGCCGCCGUCAUGAACAAGCAGUUCCUGUGCAUCCACGGAGGUCUAAGCCCAGAGCUUCACACCCUCGACGAUAUCCGGACGAUUGAUCGGUUCCGGGAACCUCCUACGCAGGGUCUCAUGUGCGACCUUCUGUGGGCAGACCCGCUCGAGGAAUUCGGCCAGGAGAAGUCGAGCGACUUCUUUCUACACAAUCAUGUCCGCGGAUGUUCUUAUUUCUUCUCGUACCCCGCCGCGUGCGCCUUCCUCGAGAAGAAUAACCUUUUGUCCGUCAUCCGGGCACACGAAGCGCAAGAUGCGGGCUACCGGAUGUACCGCAAGACGAGGACCACCGGUUUCCCCAGCGUGAUGACCAUCUUCUCCGCACCCAACUACCUGGACGUUUAUAACAACAAAGCCGCUGUACUGAAGUACGAGAACAAUGUUAUGAACAUCAGGCAGUUCAACUGUACGCCGCACCCUUACUGGCUGCCGAACUUUAUGGACGUGUUCACCUGGUCUCUGCCCUUCGUCGGCGAAAAGAUCACCGACAUGUUGAUCGCCAUUCUCAGCACCUGUUCCGAGGAAGAGCUCAAGGAAGAGGCGACGCCGUCAUCGACCUCUCCUGGUCCGGUGUCUCCUCCACUCUCGGCUGCCUUGCAAGACCCCGAGUCGAUCGAGUUCAAGAGGCGUGCGAUCAAGAACAAGAUCCUGGCCAUCGGGCGUCUGUCGCGUGUCUUCCAGGUUCUUCGGGAGGAAUCGGAGAGCGUCACGGAGCUCAAGACGGUCUCGGGCGGCAGGCUUCCCGCCGGUACGCUUAUGCUUGGUGCCGAGGGCAUCAAGAAUGCGAUCAGCAAUUUCGAGGAUGCCAGGAAGGUCGACCUGCAGAACGAGCGCCUACCUCCUACGCAUGAGGAGGUCGUGCGUCAGACGGAGGAGGAGAGACGGCAAAACUUUGAGAAAGCUGCCGAGGACGCCGCCAACGAUAAGAAGUUGCAGCAACUGAGCAGGAAACUCAGCACGUGA